AUGUUAGAGCUUGCAGUAGUGGAACAGAGUUCUGUGGCAGUGGAUGGACAACCACAGAAUGACUCACGGAGUGAGGAUGCUAACGCAUCUAAGGAAGCGAUACUAGAGAUAUUACCAGAGGUAUCUGCUGAUGAUGAUUUCAUAGUAGACCAGCUCAAGCAACAUGCGCCUGUUUGUAAAGCAAAUGAUGUGGUAUCAGAAGUGUUACCAGAGGGAAACGAUCGUAAUAAUAUUGAAAGUAGUGUAGAUAUUGCUUCCCAAAUAAGCAAUCAGCAAAAAACUAUUCCGAAUACUUCUUUACUGGCAGAAGAUCUUGACGAUUCUGAUGAAAUUGAGCUUAUUAAAAAUCAAAAUAUAGAACUAGAUUUAAUACGAGAUUUACGGAAUGAAAACGAUCAAAAUCAUGUGAUCUCAACUGAGGAUCUCAUCUUUACCCAAUACCGAGGCAAUACUGAAAUAUUACCUAAUAAUGCGACUCAUAUCUCUAAUUCCCCAGGUCCAGGCGAUUUGCCAAAGACUGAG